UAACUUAGAGCUUUACACGAAUUUUAUACGAUUGUUAGUAGUUCUUCGUACGGCGAAAUCUGAAAUUGAUCGCGUGUUCACGUUUUAUGUAGAUCUCGGUCGGUCUUAGUCCGCCCGUCGUCUUUUUUCCUGGGCCUUUCGUUGUUGCGAACUGGCUAAAUUGAGACUAGCUGACUAACUGGCUAACACACUUCAGUGGCCGAGAAAAAUGUUGAGUGUCGUUUAAAAUCAUUUUAAACUUAAAUUGAUACACGAGUGGUAUUACUGUUGGUAUUUAUAAUACGUGUUAAACUUCGGUUAGUUCGGUAUUUCUUGGUGGAACUUCAGUAAAACAACGCAAGACCGCAGGCUAGCCUAGCUAGCGGAUUUUCACGGACGUACACUAUCUAACCGGCAGUUUGAUUUAAACACAUCAGUGUAUUCUCAAACUCGGCAUUAACAUUUCACUAAUCGUUUAAGGCACUUCUUUUUUCAGCUAGCGCCGAGUGAGGAUAACUGGUUGUGUGGCUCAUUUGUCUCUUAGCAAAUGCCGGUUUUGUUUGCGGAGUCCCUGGCGAACGAACGAGAGAUCCCUCGCCGACGGUACUCUAAAUCUGACUAGAAAAAUAGUAUUUUCAUCAACGAAGGAAAUUGAACAGGUGUUGUCGUAUACUUUGAAUAAAAAGCAGUUGUACUGUAACUAAAAUGCGGUUUUUAUAUUUGGUAAAUCGUUGGCCAUAAACAUCUAAACCAAACGAGGAACAACUAGUAGUUCUUUCAUCCUUCUGGAUCGCCCCCUCUACUCUCCUUUGCGUUUAAUCUUUAAUUUUAGUCGGAGGUAGUCAGUAAUCGGUGUUUGUGAGUUGGAAAGUAACUGUGCUUGUUUGUAUGUCAAUGAGACAGUGCUGGUGUACCUGUUCAACACAAAUUUUGAAUCGGUGACGUGGGUGAGGUGCUGUCCAUCUGUUGUUCACUAUGGGGGACAUUAGUGACUUAGACAGACAAAUUGACCAGCUCCGGCGGUGCGAGCUCAUCAAAGAAAAUGAGGUGAAGGCUCUGUGUGCCAAAGCCAGGGAGAUACUUGUUGAAGAAAGCAAUGUUCAAAGAGUGGACUCUCCAGUCACUGUAUGUGGUGAUAUCCAUGGGCAGUUUUAUGACCUGAAGGAGUUGUUCAGAGUUGGUGGUGAUGUCCCAGAGACAAAUUACCUCUUCAUGGGUGAUUUUGUGGACCGCGGAUUCUACAGUGUGGAGACGUUUCUCCUUCUCCUUGCUCUUAAGGUGCGAUAUCCAGACAGAAUCACACUGAUAAGAGGGAACCAUGAAUCCAGGCAGAUUACACAGGUGUAUGGCUUUUAUGAUGAGUGCCUAAGGAAAUAUGGGUCUGUGACUGUGUGGCGAUACUGUACAGAGAUCUUCGACUACUUGUCUCUCUCUGCAAUUAUUGACGGGAAGAUAUUUUGCGUGCAUGGUGGGCUCUCCCCAUCUAUACAAACUCUGGACCAAAUAAGAACCAUUGACAGGAAGCAGGAGGUCCCACAUGAUGGGCCUAUGUGUGACUUGCUAUGGUCUGACCCAGAAGACACAACAGGGUGGGGUGUGAGUCCAAGAGGUGCUGGAUAUCUGUUUGGUAGUGACGUUGUUGCCCAGUUUAAUGCUGCAAACGACAUUGACAUGAUCUGCAGGGCCCACCAGCUUGUUAUGGAAGGGUAUAAGUGGCACUUCAAUGAAACUGUGCUGACAGUGUGGUCAGCACCAAACUACUGCUACAGGUGUGGGAAUGUAGCAGCAAUACUGGAGCUGGAUGAACAUCUGCAAAAAGAAUUCAUUAUUUUUGAAGCUGCACCACAGGAAACAAGAGGCAUCCCUUCCAAAAAGCCAGUGGCUGAUUACUUUCUGUGACCUAAGAUUAAGAAUCAGUCAACAUAGACCGCAGGAGAACACUCUAAUAUUUGUGCAUCUUUCCCACUGCACUGUUUCUUUAUAUUGUCCUCUUAUGCCGCAGUCUCUUCUCUUGUUCUACCUCUAUAUUAGAUAUUCUUCCUCUUGUGGUUUGUCCCCAACAUUCUACAUACCUUUCUAUAUUCACCAUCAUUCACUCGUGCUACUGUUGUAAAACCAGUCUGUCAAUGUUAUACUUGCGUAUGUCUUCUGUGCCCCUAUUCUGCAGUAUCCUAGCAUUUUCAAAGAAGUAAGUGAUGGUAACUGGCAGCAAAUGAGAUUGCAGAGAUUGAUAUAAGUGACUGCAGAAUGUCAAGGUGGAGUGGCACGACCAUUUGCAUUUGUUUCCUUUGAACAUCUUUGCUUUGGCCUGUGAGAAAAAGGCAACUGGAUGAUUUUCAGUUUGGUCAUGUUACUGAUUUGGUGUCUGAAACAUAUAGUGGUACAAGUGCGUCAGUCAGCAGUUUUUGGGCUGACAGCAGUAUUUGUGGUGGAACAACUGCAGAACUGCUAUGUAGCUCUGCAUUCAGCAAGUUCAGACAAGUGGAAACAACCAAACUGAGAACUUAUUCCCAUUUCAUUGACCAAUCUUUCCAUAGGAAUCAUUGACUUUUAUUGAUCUGUGAAAAUAAAUUGUACCUUUUUUUAAAAUAA